AUGGAUACACUUGAAAAUAAAGUGAUGUGUAUUGAUGUUGAAAAUCGUCCAGGAUAUCCAUUGCAUGAACAAUUAGGACAUAAUACAAUAAUUAAUGAAGAUGUAAAAGAAAUAAACGGUGCCAGCAGUGUUGUUGCACGCUCAUUCCUUAUGCAUAGUCCAACUAGAAGACGUGAUUUACCUCAGAAAUUUGCAGUUUCAUAUAUGAAAAUGACUAUAGGACAAUAUUUUACAACAACUAUUCGAAAGCAUCAUAGAUGUGUAGAAAUGGCUAUGAAUAAUGCUGAUAUGUUGAAAGCAAUGCAUCAUAUUGAUCAGUGUAUAAAAUUAGCGCCAAACAAUGCCAGAUUUCAUAUUGAACGCGCGGAAAUUUACGCUAAGCUUCAAGACUACCAACAUGCUAUAAGUGAUCUUCACAUAGCCCUAUCCUUAGGAUCAAAGUCGUUAGAAGCAAAGUAG